CCCGCCAAAUCUUAAUUCAACGGUACAAGUUCUCCCCAGCACGUGAUUUUCAAACCCAACAAAUGUCAAAACCCUAAACUCUCAAAUCUGUCAAAUCCCCCCUCUCUCUCUCCCCCUCAUCACUCUGUGUCCACCGCCGAAAAUGCUCCCGCCGGAGCUAAAUCCCCGCGCCUCUUUCCGGCCGUAUAUAUCCGCCACCAUAAGCGCACCUUCCUUCUCCUCCUCCUUCGACCGCGGCUCCUCCUCCUCCCCCUCCCUUUACUCAAACCCUAGCCCUAGCCCUAACCCUAACGGUUCCUUUUCCAGUAAUGUUACCAACCGAUCUCUCAAGAACUCACGCUUCUCGCCUACGUCAUUUGCACACAACGGCCGUGUCGCCCUUGCUUUGGUCCCAUGCGGUGCAUUUUUGCUCGAUUUGGGUGGGACCCCGGUUGUCGCAACCCUAACCCUAGGUUUAAUGAUUUCUUACAUAAUAGAUUCACUUAACUUCAAAUCAGGUGCUUUUUUCGGUGUUUGGUCGUCGCUAAUCGCCUCUCAGAUCGCAUUCUUCUUCAGUUCGUCGCUCUUUGUGACUUUCAAUUCGAUCCCUCUGGGUAUCCUCGCUCUUUUGUUGUGCGCUCAGACUAAUUUCAUGAUAGGCACUUGGGCGUCGCUUCAGUUUAAGUGGAUUCAAAUGGAGAACCCUUCUAUUGUUCUUGCUCUUGAGAGGGUUUUGUUUGCCUGUUUGCCGUUCACUUCAUCGGCCAUUUUCACCUGGGCAACCGUUUCGGCUGUUGGCAUGAACAAUGCAGCUUAUUAUCUGAUGAUUUUUAAUUGUGUUUUUUAUUGGCUGUAUUCGGUUCCGCGUCUUUCGAGUUUCAAAUUGAAGCAAGAAGUUAAGUAUUAUGGUGGGGAGAUUCCUGAUGAUAAUUUAAUACUUGGGCAGCUUGAAAGUUGUGUUCAUACGCUGAGUUUGUUGUUUUUUCCUUUGAUGUUUCACAUUGCAUCCCAUUACUCGGUUGCGUUUUCCUCGGGUGCUGCUUUUUGUGAUUUGUUUUUGCUGUUCUUUAUUCCAUUUUUGUUUCAAUUAUAUGCAUCUACAAGAGGUGCGCUCUGGUGGGUUACAAAGAAUGACAAUCAACUGCAGAGCAUUCGUGUGGCUAAUGGUGCUGUUGCUUUGGUUGUGGUGGUUAUUUGUUUGGAGAUUCGGGUGGUGUUUCAUUCAUUUGGGAAGUACAUUCAGGUUCCACCUCCGUUGAAUUAUCUUCUUGUGACUGUUACUAUGCUCGGAGGGGCUGCUGGAGCUGGUGCUUAUGCACUUGGUAUAAUUUCGGAUGCGUUUAGCUCUCUGGUGUUUACCGCUUUGGCUGUAGUAGUUAGUGCUGCUGGCGCAAUUGUUGUGGGAUUCCCUCUAUGGCUGAUUCCACUGCCUUCAGUUGCUGGCUUUUAUAUGGCUCGUUUUUUUACUAAGAAAUCCUUAGCAUCUUACUUCGCAUUUUGGCUGCUAGGGAGCUUGAUGGUCACUUGGUUUGUGGUUCACAAUUUCUGGGAUCUAAAUAUAUGGCUGGCAGGCAUGACAUUAAAAUCCUUUUGUAAACUCAUUGUUGCGGAUAUUUUCCUGGCCAUGGCUGUUCCUGGUUUAGCUCUCCUACCAUCAAAAUUGCAUUUCUUGACAGAGGUUGGUUUGAUUAGUCAUGCCUUGCUGCUAUCCCAUAUUGAGGAUCGAUUUUAUAAUUACUCUAGCAUAUACUACUAUGGGCUGGAGGAUGAGGUUAUGUAUCCUAGUUUCAUGGUCAUUUUGACAACUUUAGUAGGUUUGGCCAUAGUGAGAAGACUGUCUGUGGAUCAGCGAAUUGGACCAAAAACAGUUUGGGUUUUGAAUUGCCUCUAUUCUUCAAAGCUGGCUAUGCUUUUUAUUACUUCAAAGUCUGUUGUCUGGGUGACUGCAGUUCUUUUGUUAGCUGUUUCUCCUCCAUUGCUUCUUUACAAGGAUAGGUCAAGAACAGCCUCAAAGAUGAAAGCUUGGCAAGGUUAUGCCCACGCUUUUGUGGUGGCUUUAUCGGUGUGGUUCUGCCGUGAGACAAUUUUUGAAGCCCUGCAAUGGUGGAAUGGUAGACCUCCAUCUGAUGGUUUACUUCUGGGUUUCUGUAUCAUUUUGACAGGAUUGGCAUGUGUGCCCAUAGUUGCUCUACACUUCUCUCACGUCCUGCCUGCCAAGAGAUGCCUAGUGCUGGUGGUGGCAACUGGUCUCCUAUUUGUUCUAAUGCAGCCUCCAAUUCCAUUAUCUUGGACUUACCAGUCUGACCUAAUUAAAGCUGCUCGUCAAUCUGCUGAUGACAUUUCCAUCUAUGGCUUCUUGGCAUCAAAACCUACAUGGCCCUCUUGGCUGCUUAUUGUUGCAAUAUUGCUCACUCUAGCAGCUGUGACGUCUGUCAUACCCAUCAAGUACAUUGUAGAGUUAAGAACAUUUUACUCCAUUGCCAUGGGGAUUGCUCUUGGUAUCUACAUAUCUGCUGAGUUUUUCCUUCAGGCUCCUGUCCUACAUGCACUCAUCUGUGUAACCAUGGUUGGCACCUCUGUCUUUGUUAUUUUUACCCAUUUCCCAUCUGCUUCAAGCACAAAACUCCUGCCAUGGAUAUUUGCUUCACUUGUGGCUCUCUUUCCUGUGACAUACUUGUUGGAGGGUCAGGUCAGAAUCAAAAGCCUCAUGGAAGACAGUGUUGUUGGCGAGUUUGAAGAGGAAGACAAGAAGCUAACAACUCUACUGGCUGUUGAGGGUGCAAGGACAUCUCUUCUUGGUUUAUAUGCAGCAAUAUUUAUGCUUAUAGCUUUAGAGAUAAAGUUUGAACUUGCCUCGCUUGUGCGGGAAAAGUUUGUAGAGAGGGGGGGAAUCAGGCAUAGCCAAUCUACUCAAAGCAGUUCUGCUAGUUUUCUUACACGAACGAGAUUCAUGCAGCAACGUCGUGUAUCUACGGUGCCAACUUUCUCGAUCAAGAGGAUGGCUGCUGAGGGGGCAUGGAUGCCCGCAGUUGGCAAUGUUGCUACCAUAAUGUGCUUUGCAAUAUGUCUAAUAUUGAAUUUCAAUCUUACUGGUGGUUCAAAUCAGGCCAUAUUCUUCCUGGCUCCUAUUUUACUGCUUCUCAACCAGGAUUCUGAUUUUGUUGCUGGUUUUGGGGACAAGCAGAGAUAUUUCCCCGUUACGGUAGCCAUAUCUGGCUACUUGAUCUUGGGUGCCCUCUAUAGCAUAUGGGAAGACAUCUGGCAUGGGAAUGCUGGAUGGGGCCUUGAAAUUGGCGGUCCUGAUUGGUUCUUUGCAGUCAAGAAUUUGGCUCUCCUCAUUCUUACAUUCCCCAGCCAUAUCAUUUUCAAUCAGUUUGUGUGGUGUUACAGUAAGCAGACAGAUUCAACAGCGCUACUGACAUUGCCACUUAAUCUACCGUCCAUCAUAAUACCAGAUGUGAUCCAGGUUAAGGUAUUGGGGCUAUUAGGAAUUAUUUAUUCCCUUGCCCAGUAUAUAAUCUCUAGACAACAAUAUAUCUCUGGAUUGAAGUACAUUUAGACAAAUACAAUACUCUGUGCAAUAUGUUUUGACAAUUUUCAAGUGCGGUAAGUUCAGGUUUUUUGAAGCUUUCAUAUUCAUAUCUUCAUACGGGCUUUUUGCAUGCCCCAGUUGCCUGAACCAUUAUGGCUUUCUUUCUACUAGUUUUUAUAGCAAACUGUUGCCACGGGACUCUUUCAUGGUAGGAGAAAUUAUCCCACAAAAUGAAUGUAUGGUUUUGGUUAA